CCGUGCCAUCCCUAGGAGUGAGUUCCUCAAAGCCGAUUUUGGGAAUGAGGGAUUGGAGUAAUAAGUGGGUUGAGAAAAUUAUGGGCCCAAAGCCCAAUUUUUUACAGGCCCAUAUUUAAUGAGCGAACACUUCAUCCUUGCCAACAAGGCUCGGAAAACGAUGGGCCCAACCAAGACUGUGAAGCAGUAAAAGAAGCUUCGUAGAUACGGCAGAAUUACUGUUCGCUGGCCCCGUUUUCGGAGCUCCGACAAUGAGGAGGAUUAGGGUUCCGAGAGUGAAGGAAGUUGAGAGCGUUAACAGCGGACGAUCAAUUCAACAUCGAAGAAGCCGACUUGGCCGUCUUUCAGAGAACCAGUGUCGCACAAGCAGGCCGCCGGAAAUUGUUUGUCGGGGCGAGGAACGAUAGGGUGAGUAACAUCGCCGGGAAAUUUCAGACGGUGGUCAGUGAUUUGCUGCGAUCUCUGUUCAGCUGUUCUUUCCAAGUGUCCGCCAUGCCAGCAAAUAACGCCAAUGCGCCCGUUCAUCCACCAUGGCCCCUCAAACAUGAAAUGCAUGAAUCAAAUCUAUUCAGCUGUUCUUCCAAGUGUCCGCCAUGCCACCAAUUCGUCCGUUCACCCACCAUGGCCUCUCAAACAUGAAUUGCCCGAAUCAAGAAACGGUCCGUUCUGCCGCAUGUUCUUCCAGUUUACAUCAGGGAAUAGCCUAUUGAGACUUGCUAUAAAUAACUGACCUUUUGUUUCACCUGUUCUCCAUCAGGUAAACCUAUAAAUCGCCGCUGCUGCAUUGCUUUCCCACAUCAAUCUAAGCUAUAUUCCAGGUUUUGCCCAUUUACCCUGUCUUGUAAUAUGUUCAUAUGCUGUUAUUUCAUUUGUGCUGACUUUAUAGUUCAUCUAUAUCUUCAGAAGACGUGUUCUGGCAAGUGCUGGGAAUGGAGCUUGGAGUUUCUCUUGCUGCCCCCAGUGUUCAAGAGCUGGCUAGGAGCUUGAAGGACAUACCAACUAGGUAUGUACGUCCUGAACUCGAGCUGGAUCCAGUUUCUAAAGAUGAGUCUGUUCAAGUUCCAGUGAUCGACGUGAGCAAGCUGGUUGGCGGUCGUGAUGAUGAAGAAGAUGAAUUGGCUAAGCUUCAUGCGGCUUGUAGAGAUUGGGGAUUCUUCCAGGUGAUCAACCAUGGAGUUGCGGAUGAAGUGAUUCUGAAAAUGAAGGCGGAUGUUCAAGAGUUCUUUAGCCUGCCUCUGCAGGAGAAAAUGGAAUAUGCACCACUACCUGAUGACAUCCAAGGAUAUGCCCCAUCCCACGUGGUAUCAGAAGGGCGAAAGCUAGAUUGGAGUGACUUUCUCUACAUUGUUGCACAACCUCGAGAUGGAAGAAACAUGAGGUUUUGGCCAAGAGUUCCCUCUUCUUUUAGGGAAACUCUGAACCAGUAUUCAACAGAGCUGGAAAAGCUGAAGAGUGCCUUGCUGAGUUCUAUGGCAAGGAAUCUGGGAGUCGAGCCAGAAAAGCUGCUAACUUUGUUUGAAGGUGGUCGUCAAGGUGUAAGGACAAACUAUUAUCCACCAUGUAAGCAAGCAAACAAGGUUCUUGGUAGCUCCCCGCAUUCUGACGCAGCUGGAUUGACAUUAUUGACUCAAGUGAAUGAAGUAAAAGGCUUACAAAUCAAGAGAAACGGGAAAUGGAUUUCCAUUGAUCCAAUUCAAGGUGCUUUCAUCGUUAAUGUUGGCGACAUUAUUGAGAUCAUGAGCAAUGGAGAAUACAAGAGCAUAGAGCAUAGGGCAGUAGUGAACCCUGAAAAGGUGAGGCUGUCCAUUGCAGCUUUCCACAACCCAAACUCCAAUGCUAUGAUUGGACCUUUGCCAGACAUUCUCGGUAAGGAUGGGAAGAAGCAAGCACCAAAGUACAAAUCCAUAUCGUACCAGGAAUUUAUGAUGCUUAGGGAAGACCCUAAAGCCGAUGGCAAAGAGAAAAGCCCCGCUCAUCAGAUGAAGUUACAAACCAACGAUGCACAGUGAAUUGAAGCCCCUCCAUAGUCGAAAAGUAGCUGUGUAGUGUCAAAUUACUGCAAAUGGAACCUUGUUGUUUCAGAUUGAGAAUAACCAUUAGUAGUCAGGAUUCAGACUCUGUAACCCAGUACCAUAACUAAGCACAAGAUUGCAACUUUCUGAGUCGUGGUUUGGGGAAGGUCAUGAAUAGGACCUCACCGAGAACCUCUGAGACCUGCAGAAUCAAAGUUGAUCUUCUCUUCUGGAGCAAUCUGUGGAAGCAGAAAUCUGUUGUCCACAAUGUUCAUAUUUUGCAACGAAGCAUAUGGAGUAACUGAAUUCAAAGUUUUCACCGAUGCAUAACAGAAAGAAUACAUAAUAGAGAGAUGACGUUAAUAGAGAGAUGACGUUCAUAAAAAAAUGGGUAAAUACAAUUUAAUAUCCAAACCUUUCAUUUUAAACAAUAUAAUAGCCAAACCUUUUCGAAAACAAUGUAAUAUCCAAAUCGUCAACUUUCCGUCCGUUUGACCGUUGGUUGACACUUCAAAAAAGUUUUGUUUAGGGGAAAUUGUCACAAUACAACUUUGUUUUCUUAUUUUGGCAUUGCAGAUGACUGAAUAUUUAGAUAUUCUACACCAUCAUGGUGGAGUCAUGGACUUCUCGGGUUUGGAACCACGAUAUGUUGGUGGUUUUUCAGAGAAGACAUCGAUGGAUAUUGAUGAAGCGUCGUACUUCGAACUUUUUUGAAGUGUCAACUAACGGUCAAACGAACGGAAAGUUGACGAUUUGGAUAUUAGAUUGUUUUCGAAAAGGUUUGGCUAUUAUAUUAUUUAAAAUGAAAGGUUUAGAUAUUAAAUUGUAUUUACCCUAAAAAAAUUACAGAUAAAAGUUCAUACUCCAAAAGAUAAUUAGAAUAUUCAGUCAGUCAUAUUCAUAGACAAGAUAGAACUUUUGUUUCAUGGGGAUGCAUCAAUUCAUACCCUGCUUCUAAAGAACAUACAACCUUCCGCUAGCACUUACCACAAUUCAUCAACAUAAAUGGAAGUCACAAGAGGCACAUCAUAAGUGCAUCUGCAAGCUGCCAAUGCUGAAAUUUAGCUGCAACAUGGACCUUGCACACAUGAACUAGAGCCGGCUCAAUGCCCAAAUAAGCUUGCGAAUUCUGCAGAAACUUACUUUCGCUUAAAUUUUCCGGUUCUUUCUCGCUCACAGUUGUUAGUCCUUUCAACGAAGACCCCAAUUUCUCCAAAGACAUUAUCGAUUUAUGUACAACCUGUUAGAAAUCAGGAAAAAUUAGGUUAUCGAUCUGGCUGAGUCGCGGACUAGGUCGCUCUCUUUAAGACGUUUGCGGCACUGCCUCGUUAUUCGCACAACAGACUAUCAGUCGGUCGCCUACAGGAUAAAACAACCACUCUUUUGAUUUGCUCAACGGUUUUGUGCGGAAAACCGGACUUCUUUGAAUCUCACUCUCUCUCGUGUUUCUGCUCUCUGAUGUGUAUUUAGAGGGCCUGGGGCGUCUCCUAAUUAUAGGAGCAGAAACCCAGAAUAUUCCCUCUUUCUUUGGGAAUAAGUCACAUUUUAAUUAGAGAGAUAAUUACUCCUAUAAUUAAAAUAUAAUCUAUUAAGAUAAUUUUCCUGAUUAUCUCCAUAAUAUUCCUUUUGUUAAUUAUCCAUCUUAAUUUUGUAUUAUGGGAAAAUACUGGAUAAUUAAUUAGAAAUUUCAUUAUAGCUUUUCAAAGCUAUUCAUCCCAACAAUUCCCCACUUAAAUAGUUUCAAACUAUCUCUGAGCAUCAACAGUUCCAUAAGAUCGGGCAUAAGUUAAGGUCUCGCGAAGAUUUGAACCUUAGCGUAGUGGUUACACUUCCGAUUUCAUAAGGGUGACUCGUAGUCUUGAACCCUAUCACAGACAAUGUAGCACACCGGAUCUUUUCAUUGAGUGAUAUUCUCUCAUAGGCCCUGCGUUUAUGGCAAUGCACGUUAUCCCGGUUUAGUGAACGCUCUAGCAACUUUGUGCCUCCAAAGUUCCAUAGGAAGCGGCCCCACUCCCACAUUCACAUAGGUGAGUCUAUCAGAAGUACCCCCAAAGUAAAGUACUUCACUCCACAUAGAGUAUAGAUCUCAUUAAGAGUUUAACUCAACCUCCAAGGCUUUGGGAUUCAUGCUUCACUAUGCAUGAACUUUUCUCAAUAUUACUCAUGACUUGUUAUUACCCAUUGAACCUGUUUCUUGGGAUCUCCAGUCUAUCGGGUCGGGUUACCAUCACUUGUAAUCCAUGGUUCGGUAGGCAUAAGUCUCAUACCCUUUGUGGUACUUGGACUUUCUCUCUAGCUAGUGCUUUCGUCAAAGGACCAGCUAGAUUCUUUUAUAAUCUCAAAUUCAUCCUUUCGUCAAAAGAUAAAGUAGAUUCUCUUUUCAGUGAUCCACCCUUACUGCUCUAACAGUUAGGUACUCUCUCUUCCAGUACUGUUCUUAUGAUGAACUUGUCGCCUCUCACCAUUUGUUAUGGUUCUAUUUAGCAAUUCCUAUUGCAAUGGAUCUAUACCGGCGGAUACGGUCUUUCCCAUAAGGGAAUCUCUAGUAAUGACCCUCUCAAUCAACUGUCUUCUUUACUAGCCAUUGCUAGUUGUAUCAUUUCUGAUUCCAUAGUUGAUUGAGCCAGAAUCGUUCACUUCUUUUUCUUAGACUUCCAAGGCACAACUUCUCUAUCGAUGUUUAAAACAUAGCUUCUGGUAAUCUUGGAGUCCUCUGUAGGAUAUUCUAGUCUGCAUCACUAUAUCCUACCAAUACAGCAAAACCUUUGAUAAAAAAUACCAAAGUUUUCUGUUCUUUUAAGGUGUCUCACGACCCUUUUCAAUAGCAUUUCAAUGCUUCAUACUAGGACAUCAUGUAAACCUGCCAAAUAACCCACAAUGUCGGGUCUCGUGUUAAUCAGCUGCCUCUUGCAGACUGUCGAUGCUAGUAUAUUCUAACUUUCUUAGUUUAUUACACCGUUUCCAGUGUUAUCUAAUAUUUAAACUAGCAUCAUCAACCAUUUAUGCAGGCAUACAACUUGUAUUUCUUCUAGAUCUUAACUAUGUAGUUAAACUGAUCUAGAGGAAAUCUAUUUCAUUGUCAUAGUUACCUGGAUCUUUUAGCUUACACAAACUUCAUCCAGAUCAUUCAAAAUUCUCAAACAUGGUUUUACACAUCAUUGAUAUCAUGAGUCUUUGUACCCAAUAUCAACAAAUCAUUCAUAGUGCACGUGUCAUUCUCAAACUUGUAUUAAAUACACUUGUCACUU